AAAGGGGAAUGGAGGGGAAGCAAGGAGCAGGUAAAGAUCAUAUCCCAGACAAAAAGCAGAGGCAAACAAACCUUGUGGUCGCGGCGUUCGAGGAGUGGGGGGGAGUAAAAGUAACUCUCCGCCUCCUCACUGUGUAUAUAAGGCGGCGGCUCGGCGUUCUCUUCACUCACUCCUUCGCCGACUCCACGAUGAGGCUAAAGGUGGCGUUGUCAGCGGUGCUCGUGGCGCUGAUGCUCGUAGCGGCGGCGAAGGCUGACCCAGGAUUCAAGGGCGGCGGCGGCGGCGGCGGCUAUGGUGGUGGCGGCGGCGGUAAAGGCAAGGGCGGCGGUAAAGGCAAAGGCGGCGGCGGCGGCGGCGGCGGCUACGGACAUAGCUUCGUUGGCCACAGAACAGUAGUGAAAUACGAGCCGUACACCGUGACGAAGCCUGUGGUGGUGCACAAGGAGGUGACGGAGCACCGGCCAGUGUACGUGAAGGAACCCAUCAAGAUCCACACGGCGCGCCCCUUCCUCAUCCAGAAGCCGGUGGUGCAUCACGUCAAGGAGUGGAAGCUGGUGGACGUGCCCAAGGUGACCUAUCAGCCAGUCUGGGUGCACAAGAUCCCCAUUCCUGACGGCGGUGGAAAGGGCAAGGGUAAGGGCGGCGGCUUCUUCGGCGGUCUGUUCGGCGGCGGCAAGGGCGGCGGCAAGGGAGGUGGAAAGGGCGGCAAGGGCGGCGGCGGCGGCGGAUACGGUGACUACGGUGACGGAUACAGUGACUACGGUGGCGGCUAUGAUGACUAUGAUUAUGACCACGGCUAUUAAACGUAAGGCUUCGUCAGGCAGCUUACACAUGGUCAACUCUUGGCUAUCUGUCUUCCCGCCCUCCCUCCCGUCCCGCCUUCACCCUCCUCCACCUCCCUCCCUCCCUCCCUCCCGCCAGAGUGGAGCCAGAGGUGCGUGGACGGUGUACCUCACGCAGCCAUUCCACAGACCUUGUUACUGUUAUCAUUUAGUGUUACCAUGACCAUUACUUCUUGUUUACCGCGCGCUGGUUAACAUUGUAUCCCGUGUAUAUAUGUUCAGCAGUUUACCUCAUCUUUUUUUUGUUUCUGUUUCUUGUUAUGUAUACAUAACCUGUUAAUAAAUGUUAAGGAUUUA